AUGCUUUUUUUCCCUUUGGAAUUCACUAAGAGGACAAUGGGCUCUGGAAAUGAUUCCACAGUGACUGAGUUCAUCCUCACUGGGCUGACAGACCGGCCAGAGCUACAACUCCCGCUCUUCCUCCUCUUCCUCGGAAUCUAUGUGUUCACUGCAGUGGGGAACCUGGGCAUGAUCAUCCUCGUAGGCUUCAGUUCUCACCUCCACACCCCCAUGUACUAUUUCCUCUGCAGCUUGUCCUUUAUUGAUUUCUGUCAAUCCACUGUUAUCACCCCAAAAAUGCUGGUGAAUUUUGUGGCUCAAAAAAACAUCAUCUCCUACCCAGAAUGCAUGACUCAGCUCUACGGCUUCCUUGUUUUUGCUAUUGCAGAGUGUCAUAUGUUGUCUGCCAUGGCAUAUGACCGCUAUGUUGCUAUCUGUAGCCCCUUGCUCUAUAAUGUCAUCAUGUCCCCUCACAUCUGCUUCCUGCUCACCAUGGGAGUUUACACAUGGGGUAUCGUUGGAUCUUCAAUCCAUAUAGGUUUUAUGUUAAGACUAUCUUUCUGUAAGACCAAUGUGGUCAACCAUUAUUUCUGUGAUCUUCUUCCACUCUUUGGAAUAUCCUGUUCCAGCACCUCCAUCAAUGAAUUGAUACUUCUAAUCUUGAGUGCAUUUAACAUUAUGGUCCCUUCCUUAACCAUCCUUGCCUCCUACACCUUUAUCCUCUCCAGCAUUCUCCGCAUUCGCUCCACAGAGGGCAGGUCCAAAGCCUUCAGCACCUGCAGCUCCCACAUCUCAGCUGUUACUAUUUUCUUUGGUUCCUUAACCGUCAUAUACCUGCAGCCGUCAUCUGCAAACUCUAUGGGCCAAGGGAAAAUCUCCUCUGUGUUUUACACCAUCAUUGUGCCCAUGCUGAACCCCUUGAUUUAUAGUUUAAGAAAUAAGGAUGUCAAUUUAGCCCUUAAAAAAAUCCUGGAGAAUAGAAAACAUUCAUGA